AUGGGUCUAUCAGAACGUAAAGUGAAGCAGAAAAUUGGGUUGGAUCCCCGUAAUCUAACAUGGUCCGACGACAAAUCACGAUUCUCCUACAAGCACAUGACUGCUUUGGGAUGGAACGAGAAUGGAGGAUUGGGUGCAGGGGGAGAUGGGAACCCGAAUCAUAUUGCGGUUAUUAGGAAAUCCGAUAAUGGAGGUAUAGGUAUGGACAGAGCCAGGAAAGAUGGGUCUGAUAUGGCUGCUGGAGCGGGUCAAGCUGGACGAGGGUUAGAGGAUGUAUUGAAAAGGAUUGCUGCGGCUAGUGCUUCGCCUUCGCCUGCACCUUCGCCCGCACCUGAAGUAGAAGCUGAGGCUAGUACUAAGAAGGAGGAGAAUAAGGUGAUAAGGAAUAGGAUAGCGUCAAGACAGAAACACCUGAAUUCAAAACGAAUGGCAUCCCAGUCUCCAGCAGCCUUAGCGGAGAUAUUGGGUGUACCCGUAUCAUCUCUACCUUCCAGUUCUUCACCUUCACCUUCCCCUUCCGCUCCAUCUACCCCUCAACCUGAAGCGUCCACUUCAACUUCCGGAGAAACGACGAACGAAAGAACUGCCGACGAGACAGUCACCAAAUCCACUUUGUCUGUAUCAGAUUACUUCAGACAGAAGAUGCGAGAGAAAAUGGCUGCUCGUCAAGCUGCUGCGAACGCUUCUGGAGGAUCAACAGAUGUUAAAAUCGAUGAUUUACCUUCAAGUAGUUUAGAACAUCUGAGUGCUUCUUCAUCAUCGAGUAAACCUAUAGGAGGUACAGCUUGGGAAGGUCAGAAAAUGCAAUUUGGUAAUGACGAACAAGUGGAAUUUGAUCCUUCUUCUGGACCUGUUGAUGAAGAUCAAGAGAAAGAGAAAUCUUCGAAGAAGAAGAAGGAAAAGAAAGAGAAGAAAGAUAAAUCAGGAACGAGUACACCUAUAGCUCUAGAAGGUGAAGAUCCGAUACAUAUCGCUGCUGAACAUGUACAUGAGUUUGAACAUGCUGGAGAGAUUGAUGAGAAGGAGAAGAAGAGGAAGGAGAAGGAAGAGAAGAAACGUAAGAAAGAGGAAAAGAAAGCUAAGAAGGCUGAGGUUGGUGUGGAAUUAGAGAAGAAGGAAAAGAAACGUAAGCGUGAUGAGGAGGAGGGUGAGGUCAAGUCUAAGAAAGAGAAGAAAGAAAAGAAGGAUAAGAAGGAGAAAAAGGAUAAGAAGGAAAAGAAGUCGAAGAGUCCAUCUUCAUAG